AUGGCUGCUGUCAAUCCUGAAACUGUUCCUCUCAAUACCGAAUCAGUUCUCAACAUUAACAUGUCUCAUGUUAUUCGUCUUACCAGCUCCAACUACCUCAUGUGGAGCCUUCAAGUCCAUUCGUUUCUUGACGGUCAUGGCCUCUCCGGUCACCUUGAUGCUGCUGCUACUGUCCCUGCUGCUACCACCGCUGGACAGCCAAAUCCUACCUUCGUCAAAUGGAGUCGUCAGGACAAUCUCAUCUACAGUGCCUUGAUUGGCACAAUUACGGUCACCCUUCAACCCCUUGUCUCCCGCACCACCACCGCGUCCCAGAUCUGGACCAAGCUUGCCUCCACCUAUGCGAAACCCAGUCGUGGGCACAUCAAACAACUGAAGACUCAACUCAAAAACUUUACCAAGGGGCCAAAAUCCAUUGAUGAAUAUGUUCAGGGCAUCACCAACCGCCUUGAUCAACUUGCGAUUCUUGGUAAGUCGUACGAUCAUGAAGAUGCCAUCGAACUCAUCCUUGAUGGUCUCCCGGAAGACUACAAAACGGUGGUCGAUCAGAUUGAAGGGAAAGACACACCUCCCUCUCUGACUGAAGUUCAUGAACGCCUCCUCAAUCAAGAAGCCAAGUUACUCAGUGUUGUCUCCACCACGGCCCAACACUCUGUUUCUCCGAUCUCCGCCAACAACAUUCAACAACGCAACAAUAAGUCAUCCUUUGCCAACAACUCCUAUGGCAACACAAAAACAGGCUCUCGCUCAUCGUUUGGUUCUCGUCAUGAUGGUACCAACUGGCCUCCCCAACAGUCUCCUGGUCACUCCGACAACAGAGGUGUCAAACCCUACCUAGGCAAAUGUCAAUUUUGCUAUGUGCAAGGUCAUAGUGCGAGGCGUUGUCCUCAGCUGCAAGCGGUCCAUGCCGUGUCUCAACCUGGCUCCUCCACUCCAUUUCGUUCUUGGCAGCCUCGUGCAAAUCUUGUUACCAAUGCACCAUAA